AUGAAGUCAAAGAAGACGGUACAGAAGAGUGAGUUUCACCAUGUGCGAGUGCAGGGGCGCCAGCGCGAGGUGGAGUUUCCUGUGUCGCCGCUCUCUGCUGGGCCGCAGCAAGGGCGGUGGGGCAAAGAUUCAUAUUUUGUUCCAAAACUUGUUACCUUAUGUGCGGAAAUUAUUGCGGCGAAUUUUGCCCAACUUCCUGAGGCUGACGGAUUGCGCGAGGAGCACCCGAAGUUGUACAACGUUGUCAUUGAGAGGCUGUCGACGGAUUUGCCCUUCUCGGUGACUGUCCCCCGGGUGCGAUCGGAUGAGUACUGGCGUCGCUGCUGUGAGGCUCGGUGGUCGUUUGGGCAGCUGGGCGAGCGGUCCUGCGGGAAACUUCUGCCACCCAAACGGGAGGGGUGGAAGCAGUUUUUUCUUGAGCGUGUGCUCAGCGACUUCCUGACCGCCCUGCGAUUACCCGAGAUGACGACAGAGGAGGCGGAGGCGCUCGACAACCUCUGCCUGGUGUGUAGGGAGUACGUGUACACGUUGGACCUUGCCUGCCAGGUGACGCGGUUUGCCCUCUACGAGUCCCUCCUGUCACGCAUGCCGCAUUUGGAGGAUAUCCGUUUAACCAUCGGCGUGAAGAACGCUGGGACAAACUUUGAGUGGGAAAUGAUGGGAUUUGGCGAGUCGGAUGCACUCAAUUUGCGCCGCGCGCUUAUGAGGUACCCGCCGCUACGGUAUCUGCGGCUUCCCAACAACAGGCUGAACAGCUCGUUAUUGAAGGGAAUUCUUGGCGGACUUGUCCACAACACAUCCAUCGUCGUACUUGACUUUUCAUCCAACCGCAUUGACGACGAGGGGGCACGGCAGCUUGCUCUCCUGCUCUGCAAGCCAGAGCUGCCGCUUGAGGAGCUUUAUUUAAAUGACAAUCAUAUCCGAUCAGAAGGCGCCACUGCGCUCGGCGAGGCGUUGACAAUGAACAAGAGACUGCGGGUUCUCAAUCUUCGUCUUAACCGCAUCCCCGAUGAAACCGGCGGUGUGGCCAUCUUCAAUGGCCUUGCAACACACACCACACUGGAGGUGCUGGACCUCGCGCAUAAUCUUCUGGGCGAUGAAACCGCCCGCACCCUCGCGGAGGUGUUACCGAAGCAGGAGUCACUGCUAUCAUUGAACAUUGCAGGUAACAAGGCACUUGGUUUGGAGACAAGCCAAUUACUCUUGCAGGCAGUGAAGAAAAACACAACUCUGUGCUUUUUCGAUACUCGGGGAAGCGGUGUGGCGGAGGAAUGCAUGGCAGCCAUGGAAGGAAAGGUGCGGGAUGUCGUACGGGCCAUCAAGAGGCAGGAGUUAGCGAUGAAGGAGGAGUUGCAGAGAGAGAAGAUCCGGCAAGAAGUAGAGGCAAAACUUGCAAAGACGUUGUGUGCGUAG